CCAGGAAGUCCCGCACUGUCCCGGCCUGUGGGCGCGUCCUCGGGUCCUUCUACGUCGCUGACUCGUGACCUGACCGAUACCUUCCGAUACUCCUCCAAAGAACUCUCGGAUUCAAGUAAACAAACAUCCAUUAAUACAAGUUAAGUAUGUUCCAGGCGCUGUGUGUUCCAGGUACUGUUAACAAAAGCGGGUUACUAGUUAAGACUUCCUUCAUGCCCUGGCGCCUCUGCUCAGCCAGUUCCCUUCGCCUAGGAGGACCUCUCUACACCUCCCCGCUAUAUUCCCUCCCCGGAAUUCCUUCCCAACCUUCAAGGACCAUCUGCCCCAACUAGUGGCGAACAUCGAGGCUGUCGUGACUGUGUAGAUACUUAUUUGACCUGCUCCCUUGGCAAACACUUGAAACGCAAUACAUGUUUGUGGAACUGAACAUAGCCUGUGCAUGCAGCAAGGUUUCUUUCCCUGGAAUCGCCUGCCCUUCCUCCAACACAGCGACCAGCCGGUCAGAAUCCCAACCCCUCGACUCCGGAAAUGAUCUGGGAGACGGAACUUCCGAACGUCGCAAUUAUAGAUUUGGGCGGGCUAGGAGGGUUUGGGUCUUCAGGUCACAUCUGCACGGAGAGACCUCCGGCCUCCGUUGGUCGGUCCUUCCGCUCCGGAUACCCUUCCGGAUCUCAGGUUUUACACAUCCAUAAGUAGACCUUUUUGGAGCCUCACCAGCCAAUUCAAUGGCGUCCUCUUCUACUGUGCCUCUGGGAUUUCACUAUGAAACAAAGUAUGUUGUUCUUAGCUACUUGGGACUCGUCUCUCAAGAGAAGCUGCAAGAGCAACAUCUUUCCUCACCCCAAGGGGUUCAACUAGAUACAGCUUCACAAUCUCUGGAUCAAGAAAUUUUAUUAAAAGUUAAAACUGAAAUUGAAGAAGAGCUAAAAUCUCUGGACAAAGAAAUUUCUGAAGCCUUCACCAGCACAGGCUUUGACCGUCACACUUCUCCAGUGUUCAGCCCUGCCAAUCCAGAAAGCUCAAUGGAAGACUGCUUGGCCCAUCUUGGAGAAAAAGUGUCCCAGGAACUGAAAGAGCCUCUCCAUAAAGCAUUGCAAAUGCUCCUGAGCCAGCCAGUGACAUAUCAGGCAUUUCGGGAAUGUACACUGGAGACCACAGUUCAUGCCAGCGGCUGGAAUAAGAUUUUGGUGCCUCUGGUUUUGCUACGACAAAUGCUUUUGGAAUUGACAAGACGUGGUCAAGAACCUUUGAGCGCACUGCUGCAGUUUGGCGUGACAUAUCUGGAGGACUAUUCGGCAGAGUACAUCAUUCAGCAAGGUGGCUGGAUGGAGUCUCGCUGUGUCGCCCAGGCUGGAAUGCAGUGGCACUAUCUUGGCUCACUGCAAGCUCCGCCUCCCAGGGCACUGUGUUUAGUCUUGAGUCAGAGGAGGAGGAAUACCCUGGAAUCACUGCAGAAGAUAGCAAUGACAUUUACAUCCUGCCCAGCGACAACUCUGGACAAGUCAGUCCCCCAGAGUCUCCAACUGUGACCACUUCCUGGCAGUCUGAGAGCUUACCUGUGUCGCUGUCAGCUAGCCAGAGUUGGCACACAGAAAGCCUGCCAGUGUCACUAGGCCCUGAGUCCUGGCAGCAGAUUGCAAUGGAUCCUGAAGAAGUGAAAAGCUUAGACAGCAACGGAGCUGGAGAGAAGAGUGAGAACAACUCCUCUAAUUCUGACAUUGUGCACGUGGAGAAAGAAGAGGUACCCGAGGGCAUGGAAGAGGCUGCUGUGGCUUCUGUGGUCUUGCCAGCACGGGAGCUGCAAGAGGCACUUCCUGAAGCCCCAGCUCCCUUGCUUCCACAUAUCACUGCCACCUCCCUGCUGGGGACAAGGGAACCUGACACAGAAGUGAUCACAGUUGAGAAAUCCAGCCCUGCUACAUCUCUCUUUGUAGAACUUGAUGAAGAAGAGGUGAAAGCAGCAACAACUGAACCUACUGAAGUGGAGGAGGUGGUCCCCGCGCCGGAACCCACAGAAACGCUGCUGAGUGAGAAGGAGAUAAAUGCAAGGGAAGAGAGCCUUGUGGAAGAGCUGUCCCCUGCCAGCGAGAAGAAGCCCGUGCCGCUGUCUGAGGGCAAGUCUAGACUGUCCCCCGCCGGUGAGAUGAAGCCCAUGCCGCUGUCUGAGGGCAAGUCUAUACUGCUGUUUGGAGGGGCUGCUGCUGUUGCCAUCCUGGCAGUGGCCAUCGGGGUAGCCCUGGCUCUGAGAAAGAAAUAGGAGGCUUUUCAGAAGAGAAAGACAGAAGGAUGUAAGGUUGGAGUUGUAUUGGCUGGAAUUUGAACCUCCAGCAGCUGUCUGGACAUUUGUGGAACACUCUGGGAUAAUUGGGGACUUCUGCUCAACAUGGCAGUGGCAUGUUAGGCAUGUUAGGCCUUGAGGUGGGGCAUUCACAUUCAUCUGACUGUAAAUCCCAAGGGCCUCGGCUCAUGCUAAAUUGAGAAUCUUAGGGGUAAAGCACCCCCUCCAGGACCGGGUUUCUCAGCCUUGGCACUAGUGCUGUUCUGACCGUUCUCUGUGUUGGGGCUGUCCUGGGUGUGGUGGGCUGUUCAGCAGCACCCCUGGCCUCCACCCACUAGAUGCCAGUGGCACCCCCUCCCAGAGAUGACAAACGAAAAUGUCUCUAGACAUUGCCAAAUGUCCCCUGUGAACAUCCCCUAUUGAGACCCACUGCUUUAGCGGGAGAGGGUUUACUUAGGAAGAAUUGGGAUAGAAAUUCCCAGCUGAGAGAACUUAGCUGUGGACUCCUCAGCUACUGACUUGUUAGCUCUUAAUCUCCUUAGAAUUUCAUCUUUCUUGAUGAGCAGGCUGGGCUCUGCACCCACUCUUUUUUUGCCCCCCCGCCCCUCAUCCUGGAGUGUGAGGGUGCUCGCCCGUACUCUCAGCUGCCUCUCAGGGACUGCACUGUUCCUCUUCACCCCCAGGUUCCUGCUAAGAUCCCACGGGCGAGGGCUUGCUCUGGACUCAGACCUGUCAAGUCCCCGAAGCUUCCUGCAGCUCCACCUUGUAAAAAUGCUGCCUUUGGGAAUCUUCGAAAUAUGUACACAGAGAAAAUAACAUGAAAGAUACCUGGGGUCCCCACUUGUGAGUGCAAUUGCAAGUAACUCUGGCUAGAGAGACACAUGUGUCUUGUGUCAAGGCAGGAGGAUAACCCGGAUGACCUUCUGAGGUCUCUUCAGCCCUUUUCGCUAGUUGUCACCCACCACUAUGGUUACUUGCCAGCAACAUCUCUAUUGCUGGAUGGUCCCUGUCUAUAACCUUGGGCUAGUAUAUUUUUUCCAAUAUGGGACCUUAGUCUUACUACUGAUGAGUUCUAUGGGUCUCUUGCUAGGGAGUAAGGAUUUUUAUUCUUGGGCUUAUAGAGCCAGUUAGAUCAUAACUCUUAUGAAAUAGAGAGUGUCCUAAAUAUCACUGAAAUAAAAAGUAGGAAAAAGAAGCUUGAAUUUUAAGACUGAGGCUGCUCUGCAGAUUCUAGUUUGGCUUUCAGAGUUCAAGAGUGGUGGCAUCUUCACCUGAAUUCUUCAAUGCCAGGGUAAUAAACCAAAAUAGUCCUAAUCAGUAUAUGCUAGUUGAGCAUCGGCAUAAUUUUCUUUCCUCUGGCUGAUCCCAGCCCUAAAGGAAGGGUAGACCCGUGUCUUUCCAGCCCUAAAGGAAGGGUAGACCCGUGUCUUUCCAGCCCUAAAGGAAGGGUAGACCCGUGUCUUUCCAGCCCUAAAGGAAGGGUAGACCUGUGUCUUUCCAUGCCCGAGGGCCACGACGUCACUAUGCAGGGCACACGUGGCUUGGUUUAAAAAGGUCAUCUUAGAUUUAUCUUAGUAAAUGUAAUAAAUUAUUUUUUAGAUCCUGAAAUUUAUAAUAAAAAUACUUUACCUACCCUGAUCACCAAAACCUGAUGUUUUAAAUGUGCUUUCUUUUUGAAAUUUAUGUUUUCAAAUAAAAUCUCCCUAAAGCAAUAUUUAAAAAUUGGUCAAAACAAGGUCUGGGAGUAUGUUUGUGUGUCUUUCCAGCUUUAUCCUGUAGCAUGUCUUUGUUCUGUGUUUUAGUGUCCCAUUUAGGGAGUGAUGUUUUAAGGGUUUUUGUGUACUUGGAUUAAGUAAUUAGAGGUGAAUGGGGGGAAUGGGAUUAUUGAGGCAAUGAUUUUCUUCUUCAUGGGCUCUGAUAGUUGCAUUGAUUGUUCUGUAUUCUAAUUGCUAUAUUUGUGUUUGCAUAGGUGAAGAGCAAACUGGUGUGUUAUCUUGAUUUUUAAAAAGUAAUAAAUCCUAUGAGUUCCAGUAUUAACACUUGCCAGUUCUGGAUCCUCACACCCCACUGGCUGAGCGCAUUCAAGCACCAAUCGAAGCCAGGUUCAUCUCUGAGCUGCUGAAAGGAGGUGUGAGGCUUAGGAAAUUGGAGCCUGUGUUGCCCACAAAAGGAAAGAAUAAGGAAGAAAUGUGGUAUGGAAGCGGCUACUUGCUGCUUUAUUUUCCCACCUGUUGGACAUUCCUCCACAGUGAUUUGGCCAGUUGCAUUUCACGGUAAUGGAACUAGAUAGUGUUUUCCAUUGGCUUUCUCUGGUAGCUCUUGGUCAGCUCCUGAGUUAACAGGAUGCGACAGCAUCCCUGUUCUUCCUUCACGUCCUCACCCUCUGCUUCCAGCAGUGGAAGGGAACAGCCCUCAUGAGGACUGCUUCCUACUGCAGCUCCUGCUUUUUGCUCAUACAUUUAAAAAACUAUUUCUCAAGCUUCCCCUCCUUUUGGGGGGAGGAGCUGAUAGUAGGAGGCCAUUCCUUCCGCCUCCAACUUAUACCCUCUAAGUCUAAGGUGAAGGAAAGAUUCAGAAUAAAUCCAACUUGUUUAUAGAAAAGUUCUUGUUAGUCCUUAGACCUCAUCUCAACUGCUCUGUUGAAGGUAAUGAUUUAUUGGGGGAAAAAAACAAAGAACGCCAAUUUAUCCUCUCUGUAUUAAAGUGGUAAUUCUGGGCCCACAGAAAUCAGUCAGUACCUGCGGUGUGCCUUAAGGGGACUCUCAUGAUCAUCAUUCCCUUCUAGAGAACAUUCUAGAUCAAGAAAUGCAACUGUUGACCUUCUGGUUCACCCAUCUCCCCCUCGAGGCAUUCUUGAUACCCCUUCUCACCUGCAUUUCUGUCCCAGGGAUACCAGAUGCAGCCACUACCUAACUAGGCUUGUCCUGGGGGAGUGAGCCGUGAACCUGGAGACAUGGCUUUGACCCACAGCUACUGUUCAUUUCCUCAGGCUUUGCGCUGAUUCCCUCAAUAAUAUGAAAGUAAGGCAAGUAGUCUCCUUGCCUUUCUCCUGAAAGGUAUGAGAUGUGGACAUUUCAGUGUUUGAAUUAUUUUAAGAGAUGUUUUAUAGAAAUAAAACGUUUUGUAGCUAA